AUGCCUUUCAAUGAGAGCAAAAUCGAGAUUGAUGCCCCUCCAGCUAAAGUGCGCGAAAUUCUCCUCAACUUCUCCACUUACCCAGAAUGGCAUACGAAGUGGAUUAAAUCCAUUGAGACCCAAGAAAAAGACAAGACGCCCGAGUCCCUCACCACAGGAGAUAAAGUCCAAGUGAAUAUCGAAGGAUAUAAGUUCGUUGCCGAUGUCGUGGAAAAUAAUGAGACUCUCUUUUCCUGGCAGGGCCCACCUGUGUUCACCAUUGCCGGCCUACACAAGUUCCAUAUCGAGCCAACGGAGGAUGGUGCGGGAACUAUCUUCACGCAGUCACAAACAUCCAAGGGAUUCAUGUCUUUUCUCUUCAGUCCAUUGAUAAUGGGAAAGAAGCUGCGAGCCGAUUAUGCAGUCUUUAAUCGUGACUUGAAAGCUCGGGCGGAGGCUUCCACCUAA